CGUGUUUUGUUGAUGUGUACACUUGGCACAGCAGUAAAGCCGGAAAAUAGCACAAGAUGUUGAAUAUCGCAACACAUAUGGAUUUUGAGGGCCAAGGACGGGCUGAGAAGUUGUCUCGUAUAAUCAUUACACUGUUCGGCGGAGUAGGUUUGGUUUGGGGUUACAUUAUCCAGCAGUUUUCGCAGACCGUCUACAUCCUCAUCGCUGGUGUCUUGUUAGCAUCAAUUCUCACCAUUCCUCCGUGGCCUAUUUAUCGUAAAAAGCCUCUGAAUUGGCAAAAACCACGACCAGAAUCACAAUCCGCAACAAACACGUCUGACGAUACCAAGAAGAAAAAGAAAAACUAACUUCUCGGAUGUAGUUUUGAACGAUUAAGUUAACAAUAAAAAGCCAAGGCAUGAU